GUGCGCGACGGAGGAGGCCGUCCUAGCGCAAGUGGUGGAGCAUGAGAGCGACAUGGACUCCGUGGAAGACCAGGCGUUUUGUGCCGUGGCAGUCCCCCCAGGCGAGUGUGGUACCGUUGGUGAAGUAGGUCUAGUGGGGGUUGUGGGACAAGGCCAGGCGGUGUACGUGGCCGACACAGCGGCCGUGCUCCAUGUUCCGAUGUACAGACAACUUCGUGAACUACCGUGAGCGUAGUGGUUGCGUGAAGGGGAUCGGAGGCGACAAGGCCCCCGUUCCUUUUUCAGGAUACGGAGAUGUGACCUUUGUCCUACAGACGGAAGAUGGUGGAGUACCUGUACCAAUACUAAAUGCUGCCCAUGUACCAGAGGCCCCCUACAACCUCCUCUCGCUGUCUUCGUUGGCGGAGGAGGGCCACACGUAUUCGGGGAUGAAGGGGGGCAUCACGCUGACCACGAAAGCCGGGGGGGAGGUGUGGUUCCCUCGGACUGGAAAGCUGCUGACCCAACGAGGCUAUCAAAUAAAGCCAACGCUACACACCGCCUGUGCCGCACUCAUUGUUCCUGGCGAUGCGAAAGCAGCCAACCCCACUGAACCCAACGAGUACCACCUCGCGCACGGCCAUGACCAUGAGACAUUGCUCAGGAUCACGGCGGAGCAGCAGGGAGUGCAGCUGACGGAUGGACCGCUGCUACCCUGUCUUGGCUGUUCGGUGUUCAAGGGACAGGGAGUGCAGCUGACGGAUGGACCGCUGCUACCCUGUCUUGGCUGUUCGGUGUUCAAGGGACAGGUGAAACCCGUCCAGAAGAGCACGAGCACACGCGCAGAUAAGAAGUUAUUUCGCGUGUAUCUCGACUUGGGGGGAAAGAUGAAAACCAGGAGCAUUGGUGACCACUGGUAUACACUGAUGAUCAGAGACGAUUUCUCCCGUUGGACGCGUGUUUUCUUCUUGAAACACAAGUCUGACGCAGCGGUUGGGUUUGAGAAGUUCCUGGUGGACUACCGAACGAAAGAGGUUCCGUGUGAGGUUUAUAUCACACGUACCGACGAUGGCGGCGAGUUCCAGGGGCAGUUUGCGGAAGUUUUCCGCAGACACGGCAUCAAACAAGAGUUCACCCCCCCUCACACCCCAAAAUACAACGAUGUAGCGGAGCGAGCGCUAGGGUUGAUCACUGAUGCCGCGCUUGCGUCACGCAUCCAAGCGACGCAACCGUUCCCCGACGCACCGAACCACCCUGGGUUGUGGGCCGAGGCCAUUUCGUGUGCAUGCCAUCAGCUGAACUGCACCGCCACUUAAAUCAAACGAGGGAGACAAAUCUGCCUACGAGAUGUUCCACGACUCCCCACCGCCUGUCGGGUCUACAUACCCGUUUCUCAAACCAGCCGUGUUCAAGUCGAGAAGAAAAACAAAGUCGCAACCCAAUGGCGAAAAAUGAUGGCACCUUGGUCCUGCCCAC